GCCGCACGUCUAUAGAGCAGCCGGGGAAGCUCUCCCCUCCUCCUCUCUCCCUCCCUCACUAACACACCGGGCUGGCUCUGUAUACAGGCUCUCUCUCUAUAUAGACACUCGCAGUCUGUCUGUGACACAGGCCAGUGUAGCAGCAAGCAGCGGCCGCCUCCCCCAGGCAUGGCACAGGGCUCUAGCUCACUAUGGCAGCAGUGCGACAAAACACCCUCGACUUCCAGCUCAGUGGCACAGCUGACGGAAAUGCCAUUAUCAAGGAUCUACAGCCCGUGUUCCAAGAGCAUGGAAUGACAGAGACUGUGCACAGCUGGGCAGACCAUGGUCACCUGGCCACAUACACGACUAAAACUGGGAGCUUUGCUACCUUAAGAAUUUAUCAACAUGGCUUAGUCCUGUUCGAUCUCCAGAAUCGCGAUGAGCCGAAGGAGAAUGAAUCGGUUAAUGAAAUAUUAAAGAAGGUAGAAGAAAAAAUGAAAGAAGUAUUGCACAACAGUAUCACACAAGUUAAGCGAUUGCCAUCUGUUGUUCGUGGGGCAAAGGUUGACAGAUACUGGCCCACAGCCGAUGGGCGCCUGGUAGAAUACGAUAUAGAUGAAAUAGUUUACUGUAAAGACUCGCCUUAUCAAAAUAUAAAUAUUCUUCACUCAAAGCAGUUUGGAAACAUCCUCAUACUCAAUGGAGAUGUCAACCUGGCAGAGAGUGACAUAGCUUAUACCCAUGCUAUCAUGGGCAAUGGGAAAGAAGACUACUGUGGGAAAGAAGUGUUAAUUCUUGGAGGAGGUGAUGGAGGAAUACUGUAUGAACUUGUCAAACUCAAACCAAAGAUGGCUACCCUGGUAGAGAUAGACCAAAUGGUGAUCGAUGGAUGUAGAAAACAUAUGCGAAAAACAUGUGGUGAUGUGUUAGACAAUCUUAAAGGUGACUGCUAUGAGAUUUUGGUUGAAGAUUGUAUCCCAGUGUUGAAGAUGUAUGCCAAAGAAGGGCGAAUGUUUGAUUAUGUGAUUAAUGAUCUCACCGCAGUCCCCAUUUCUACAUCUCCAGAAGAAGAUUCUACCUGGGAAUUUUUAAGUUUGAUUUUGGACCUUUCCAUGAAAGUCUUGAAACAAGAUGGAAAAUACUUCACUCAGGGAAACUGUGUAAACCUGACUGAGGCUCUAACACUUUAUGAAGAACAACUGAGAAUGCUUUAUUGCCCUGUGGAAUUUACUAAGGAAAUAGUGUGUGUUCCCUCCUACAUGGAACUAUGGGUGUUUUACACAGUAUGGAAGAAGAGCUGUUCCUGAACAUUCACAUGAUCAAAUUCUUCCAUGCUGCAUGGAGCAUAUUAGGCUUGGCACCUACUGCAUGUGGGCAUUGUGAAAACUUUAAAUUAUACCCUGUAGAUAUUCCUAAGAAAACCUAGUAGCAGUGUAUGUGCAGGUUUACAAUAUUAUUUAAGUUUGGAAUGAGAAAAGAGUGAAUUUAAGAAUUAUUUUUUUUAUGAACUGCUAUAUGUUACUUUAAUAUUGUAUUUUCUGGUGUUAUUUUGUGUUUUGUUUUCGAGAGUCAACAUGGAGAUUGUCGGCAUGCUAUAAGCUGCUCAAUGCACUGAACCUAGAGAAUGUGAUUUAAAAAAAAAAUUGAUUUGUGUGUGAAUAGAUACCUAGCAUUCACAGAGGGUCAUCAAAACUAUAUACUAUAUAAAUAUGCAUAAUGCUAUUUAAAUUCUCAUUACCAGUCCUAAAGCUAAACUCCAGGAAUUAUCUGAAUGGCAUGCAUACAUUGGUACUGCUUGGCAUACUGUAAAUGCGGGCACUAAUACUACUACAGUUAUAGCUGCGAUCAUUCAGUUCCUGCUGGGGUUCUGUGCAAGUGGAUCCCCCUCUGCACACUGAACACAAGGAAUUGCACACUCAACACUUCUGCUAUUCAGAAAAUGCCUUGUGGUUUUUUCAAUGAAUGCCAGAAAUUCUUUGAUUGGGCAAGGUGGAGAUCAUGACAUCACAUCCUCUCAUUCACCAGGUACAAUCAAGUUAUGCCUUGUAUUCAUUAAAAAAAAAAUAGGGGAAGCUGCUUGCACAGGACCUGAAAAUCAUGGCUGCUACAAUGAUUUUCACGUUCCCCAUGGCCCAUCAGGUAUGAGAUAUGCAUACUUAAAUUGUGAAUGCUGGACCAGUGUAAGCAUGCAAUACAGAUUAUUCUUGGAGUCCAGCUUUAAAUCUUGUGUUAGUCCAGAUUUUUUAAUUUUUAAAAUAAUUUUGAACUUAAUUUUAAAUAAAAUCACCAUUAUCCUACUUUGGAUAGCUAGUGAACAGAUAUUAGUUCCGUGAUUGCAAGUAUAUCUGAAGUGGUGUCUUCCUACUGGUUUUUAUUCCUACAGCUUGAUAUAAACCAUAGCAUUUAUCUAGCAAAACAUUUGUUUUAUCACUACAGCAGUUUAUCCUUCCUUAUUCUUAUGCCGCAUACACACGAUCUUUUUUCGGGUUGUAAAAAAAGUUUUUUUUUAAAAUGUCAUUUA